UGAUUCUUUCAAUUGUUUCUUAUUGUUCCAUUGUGUCGUGAACAAUUUCAGAAAGAGGCUCGUAAGGGUGAAGAGUUGACUAUGUUUGAUCUAUUCAAGGAGUGCCACAAUGGCAAGAAGACUGGUUUCUCUAAGCCAGUUAAGAAGGCGAUAGCUGACAUGGAAAAAGCUAUGGAACAAGGGGUACCAGAAGGUGGAGAACCAAAGAAUGUUGCUGCUGUUGUUGCUGACAUUCUCACUAAAGAAUGUCCCUCCAGCACAUUCCUUCAAAAUGUUGGCCUUGAGUCGAGCUCUAAGAAGAAGUUCAACAGAUCUGCAGCUGCUUUGGAUGCUCGUGUACAAGAACUAGAGUACAUGCUUGAGAAGGAGAGGCGAGUCGCUGAGUUGAUGCGAGAGGGGCUUGUUGAGGUCAAGAAGAAAUCAGAGGAGACCGAAGCUGCACGCGCCGCAGAGUACCAGUUGUUACUGCAAAGAGUUGAGGCCACCGAUGCUAGAUUUGCGCGUCUCAUGGAUCUGUUCGAAGGUAAAAUUGUUUAG